CGCCCCCGCACCGACACGCUCCGAUCAGCACGCCGCCCAAGCUCGCCGGCUUCUGUAUGGCGGCGCGGCUGAACCGACAGGACUCCAUAUAAUAGCGGCCGCUGCGACUGCUACUUGCAGUAAUAGACGCGCCCCCGCCUCCUCCUUCGCCGCCGUCGUACCCCUUCCUGUCUCCCUGUCGGACAUUGCUGUGAGCCUCGGCAGCGAGCUGGAUCCGGACUCGACCUCUGCAUAAAGGCGCCGCCCCUUUGUAGAUCUGAGUCCAGUUCUCCCGCGACACCCUCGCCAUCCUCAACCUACGACCACAUCCACGACCCGUCACUAUGCGCGGCUGCAGCAGGAUCUACACGCACCCGGACCUCACGGACUCUGACGUCUGGGGCCUGCCCGGUUCGGUAGACCGCAAGAAGGCGACUGGCACGCUCUGGACGACGAGCGCGCUCGCGAUCACGGCCGCCGCCGCGUCUGCGUACUACGUCCUCACCAGGUUUACGAGCCUUGGCGCGCAACUGCAGAGGAUUCUCUAGCCCGCCUCUGCCGGAGCUCGCUGAUGUUCUCGUCGCAGGCCGUCAGCUCCGUCUGGCUCGGCUUCGCCAUUCCCACUCCGAAGCUAGCGCCACG